AAAGUGAAGAAGGAAAAAGGGAACUUAUAGGACAAACAUGGGAAACAGGAGAAUAUAUGAUUAAAAUAGUGGAUAUAAAAACAAAGACAUAUCAUAGUUGUCAUGCAGAAGAGCAUUUGGUAUUGAAUUGUCCAAUUGCAAAAAGACAAAAAGAAAUAAAUAAAAGAAAGACCAAAGAUUUUGAGAAAUAUGGAUACAUAUAUAAGACCACUAGACCACGUUUAUAUCAAAACUUGAGAAAUCAA